UAAAUACGAAAUAUGAAGGUACACGACCAAAAUCUCCCCCGGAAUAGUUGACCGGUCCUCGCGCUGCUGCUGUUCUCUAAUCCAAAACGCUGUGAUAUAAACUCCACCUUUAGAAAUGUAUUUAACCAAUGAGCUAACGCAGCGUCACAGACAAAUUUGAAUAUUCAUCGUUUUUCGCGGGCUUUCAGUGUCACGUGGUUGUUUCGCGGGAAAAAGUCUCCCGGCAGGAAGAAGAAAGUUACUUCACAAGAGGCAGACAGACAGAGCAGCACAAUGGCGGUGAGUGAAAUCAUUAAAAAUAUAGUUAAAAUGUCGAGGAGUUAAGUUUCCAAUUACUGAUAAGGGAGAGAGAGAGAGAGUGAAAUUACGCAGAUUUGUGUUCUUAAAGUAUUGUUUUGGUAUAAUAAGUUUGCCACUAAUCCAGAUCAUAACAAUGACAGAUCUGUUAAGAGUCAGAAUUCAACAGACACGUUAUAUUUUAAGGUCUAAUCUGUCAUUUACGUUUAUGUUACUUUUUCAGCACCCAUAUUCGCUUUCUAGUAUAAAUAAAUAUCAGCAAUGAUCUUUUUCCGCUUUGUUUGUCCUCUUGCUGAUCUGCCAUGUGGUUGUGUAGCUCUUUGUAUAGUUAUUCAAAGACUUGAAUCCACUUCAAAACGAACAAAACGAUCGUUCUGCACAUUAUCCACAAAAAUCACGUUUACUGUAUUAAGUCAUGCACCAUUUACCCUUAAUUUUGGGGUGACUAUGUUUUUCUAUGAUCAUAGCCAGCAUUGAGUCAUUGUUUCCUUUUAUUUAUGCUUACUAACCAAAUUAAAACUGAAAAUCAAAACACUCUAUAGAGAUAUGCACUUGACAAAUAAUGCAGAACAUAUAUCUAGAAAAUGCAAAUUAUAUGCUGGAUUGUAAAUUCAUAUACUCGAAGAAACGUGGUUAUGACUCAAUUAUCAAGCCUUACAUUGAAAACGUUUUAAUUUAAGUGACAUUGAAGUUUUCAAAACGCUAACUAAAAGCUUUACAAGCAGAAAUAUACUCAACGUGUACACUGUUUUAUUUUUGACUGAUACUUAUAAAUGCAUUGAAUUAGUUUGUGGGAAAUGUUUUGUACAACUCUGAAAACACUGCAGCUGAUGAACAGGGGGAGGCAAGAAAACUGCUCAGACCAGACUUAACAAAAAUUUAGAAAAUAAACAGUAUAAAAAUUAAGAAAGUAAGGAAAAAGUAAUCUAAUAAAUGGGUUUAUUACGAUCUUGUGAUCAGGAUUCCUCUGAGUCGUUCCACAUGGCCACCAGCCCCAGCCGAGCCUCCAGGAGAGGGGACCCGACCUCCAGCCCGGGUCGAGACCUUCCCCCCUUUGAGGAUGAGUCGGAGGGGCUGCUGGGUGAGGGACCGCUGCCCGGGGAGGAGGAGGAAGACGGAGAUGGAGAGGAGCUGAUUGGGGAUGGGAUGGAGAGGUAAGGGCAGGGUCAGGGUUUAAUGAAAAGAUUUGAUGUAGUUUUUAUUUUAUUCUAUUUUUUUUGAUGACCAUUUCCUCACUUUGCUUAGGGACUAUCGAGCCAUCCCAGCCCUGGAUCGGUAUGAGGCUGAGGGCCUGGACCUAGAUGAAGAAGACCUGUCGGAGAUGUCGCCUGGAGCUCGGGCUGCUGCUGAGGAGGAGAUGAGGAGGAGGGACAGGGAGCAAGGAAUCAGAGGGAGGCUGAGGAGAGGACUGCUCUACGGUGAGGAGGAGAGGGAUUCAUGCUCAGCGUCUUUUUCUUUCCUUGACCAGUCAGAGAAAACAAACUCUUAACAGAAGGGCAAGAACAGAGGGGUGAUGUGAUGCAGGAGUGGAUGGUAGUUUGUUUGGUUUGAGUGUGUCAAUACCUCACAUGAAGAAAAAUCAUGUAAAAUGGCGAGAAGGGGGGAAAAAAGUUUCAACUCUGGAAAAGUGGACAAAUUCUGGAGAGAAAUUAGGAAAAACUGUUGAUAACGUGUGAAUUUUGUUUUGUUCCAGACAGCGAAGAUGAGGAUGAUGAGCGUCCGGCAGCCCGGCGUCGACGAUUGGCUGAGCGAGCAGCAGAAGGCGUGGCUGAAGGAGAGGACGAGGAGAUGAUCGAGAGCAUUGAGAACCUGGAGGACAUGAAGGUUCAGUAGAUACUGAUGGUUUAUUAGAAGUUUGGAUGGUAACCAUGUGGUGCUGGAUCUGAUCUGACAGUGUUUUUUCUGUCCUGCAGGGUCACACAGUGAGAGAGUGGGUCUCCAUGAUGGCUCCUCGCCUCGAGAUCUACAACCGCUUCAAAAACUUCCUGCGGACCCAUGUGGAUGAGAACGGGCACAACGUGUUCAAGGAGAAGAUCAGCGACAUGUGCAAAGGUAAGAGGUCAUGACAUUCAUAAUGGGGUGUGUUAUUUUAUUUAUUCUCUAGACUGUCAAAGUAACCUGAGAGUGUCUAGAAGUGCAAGUGUAAAAGUGUGUUUUGUGUCUCUUCUUUUAUCUGAUGUAAAACUGUGUGUUUGUGUUUCCUGUUUGUCUGCAGAGAAUAAGGAGAGUCUGGUUGUAAACUAUGAAGAUCUGGCAGCCAGAGAACACGUUUUGGCUUAUUUCUUACCCGAGGCUCCGUCAGAGAUGUUAAAGGUGAGUUCAGUUCAGUUAAAAAGAGGAGCUUUUUGAAUAUUUGAGUUUUUUGGAUAAAAGCUGCUUUAAACAAAAAAAUCUGAUAUUUUUGUCUCAUUAUCGUAGAAAGAGUUAAGUAUUCCUCACAUUUGUUAAAAAUCGAGUUGAGCAAAAACAAAAGACUGAUCACUUGGAUGUCCCUGGUCUAAAACAACUUUUUUAGGACCUAUAUCUUGAAUUAGCAUAAAAACAGGCACUGCUCUGUAGAGAAAAUCACUGCACAGGCUCAUAGUCUGUUACAACAUCCAAAAAUGCUGAUUAAAGCUGAACCACGCAGAGAGGACAUCGAAUAGAAAAGUGAAAAACUGUUUUUGAUCUUUCUGUCUUUUCUUGAUCAGAUUUUUGAUGAAGCAGCUAAAGAAGUCGUUCUGGCCAUGUACCCGAAGUACGACCGCAUCGCCCACGAGAUCCACGUCCGGAUCUGCAACCUGCCGCUGGUGGAGGAGAUCCGCUCACUUAGGUGAGACUGGACUAAGAGUAUGCAAUGAUGAAACACUAAAAAGGUCCAAGCUCAGGUUUGGUUUUCCCCAUAAGUUUAUUUAAAAGCAUCAUAAAUAUAUAGACCUGCAAACAAAUUACACUGAUAUAUGAGCUCAAGUUACAAGUUAUUGGAGAGAUUAAAACAUGCACUCAUGUUUUAGAUCAUCAUUUAUGGUUUCAUGAAUCUUUGUGUUACAUAAGUAAAUGCACCUGCCCUGGUUUUCUCCAUAAGUCCACAAACUCUGAAUGAAUCAUUUCCCCCUAAAAGCCGAGCAGCCACCUGCAUCAUCACGAGCAGAUGAGGUCUUUAAUAAUGCAUGCUGUUAUUGCACAAACACUUCUCCCCCCCAAAAACCUGCAAAAACAAAUAUUGACUUAAAAUUCCUGAUGAUAAAAUCUAACAUCCCUGACUCUCUUCCUCCCCCGCCUCCUCCUCCUCUUUGUAUGCAGGCAGCUCCACCUGAACCAGCUGAUCCGGACCAGCGGUGUGGUGAGCAGCUGCACAGGCGUGCUGCCUCAGCUCGGGAUGGUGAAGUACAACUGUAACAAGUGUAACUUUGUGCUGGGGCCGUUCUUCCAGUCCCAGAACCAGGAGGUGAAACCCGGAUCCUGUCCAGAGUGUCAGUCCCUCGGACCCUUCGAGAUCAACAUGGAGGAGGUGAGACGAUCCUGAGAGGUGGAGGAUGAGCGUCUCAUGAGUUUAGAAGUGUCAGAAAAGAAACUACUGAAAAACAACAGUUUAUCCCUUUAAUCUCAGAGUAAAUCACCUCCUUUUGCUUUAUUUCAGAGAAAUCAGACCGAUAAUGCUGGUUCACCUUUUUCUUGUUUAUCUCCUGUCAUGAUUUAACCGAUGGCUUUGUCUCUGUGUCUUCUUCCUGUAGACUGUGUACCAAAACUACCAGCGAAUCACCAUCCAGGAAAGCCCUGGUAAGGUCGCUGCAGGCCGCCUGCCGCGCUCCAAAGACGCCAUCCUGCUGGCUGACCUUGUGGACAGCUGCAAACCCGGAGAUGAGAUUGUGAGUUCGGCACGAAUGAAUCAUAAAUCAAAAACUGUCGCCAUUAUAAAGUAUUUAAACGUUCUCUUGCUGGUCUGUGUUUCUUCAGGAGCUGACAGGAAUCUACCACAACAACUACGACGGCUCUCUGAACAUGGCCAACGGCUUCCCCGUGUUUGCCACUGUCAUUCUGGCCAAUCACAUCACUUGCAAGGACGACGGCAUGGCUGUGGCCGAGCUGACGGAUGAAGACGUCAAAGCCAUUGUUGCUCUGUCCAAAGAUGAGCGCAUCGGAGAGAGGGUGAGGACACACACACACGGUGACACUUUCCUGCUUUCCAUCUGAUCUGCAGAAAAGUGAUUAUGUCGUAUUUUUUGUCCUCAAGUUUUAAAUCAGGCAGACAGGUUAUGAAUCUUGUACUGGAGCGAUUUUAUUGAAAUGGGUUCCUAAUAUAUUUUGUCCAUUUCACUGGAAACAAGUAUGAGGAGCCCAAAUGAAUAGGAACACCUUUCAGUAAAAUGCUCUCAAGUACACCGCCAACAUCCUGUACGACUUCCACAGUUCAUAAAUGGAACAAUAAGCACUAAAUUCAGAGGUUUUGAUUUGUUUUGGGUUGUAUUAAAUUUCCAGGUGGACUUCAUGUCAGUAAAGGUUUCUCCUGACUUUUCUGUAACUCCUUUGUCCUCUCUGCAGGUUUUUGCCAGCAUGGCUCCGUCCAUCUACGGUCACGAGGACAUCAAACGGGCGCUCGCUCUAUCUCUGUUUGGAGGAGAGCCCAAAAAUCCAGGUGACACUUUCAGCUUUCUACCUGGAACUGAAGCACCGCCUUGUGUGUGUCCUUGUGCUUCUCGCUGAGUUUUCUAUCAACUGUCAAUGCUCUCCUCCAGGUGGGAAACACAAGGUGAGAGGAGACAUCAACGUGCUGCUGUGUGGAGACCCGGGCACCGCCAAGUCCCAGUUCCUCAAGUACGUAUAAAGUUUGUAACCCUCUGCAAACAUUAAAAGUAAACUAAACUUAAUUUAAAAUCAACUUUUUAGAAGUGAAAUAUUUUUAGCUUUUACGGAUUUAUUCAGAGAGUCAGAGCAGGAGACUGGGAGCACAGUCCUCCUGAUUUCAGACCUAAACCUGCAGUGAAAUUCAGAGGAGAGACCAGGGGCCGUAUGCACGUUGCUUGGCAAAACGCGUUUAGCGGGCUAAACGCGUUUAACUCCUAAACGCCAAAAAUGUCGGUAUGCACGUCACUUCGUAUAGCCGUUCCUAUACGGAUUUUCGCGUUUAAAGUUAUCGCACCUCUGGGGGUCCAAUAGCGGGUCUAAACGCGUUUAAAUACGGCGGCACUCUUGUUGUUCCAAGGAAGACAGCGGCGACAAUUGCGUCGAAACAGGAUUUUUCGUGACAGAAAACACCCUUCGACACGUAUGACGACCACGAAGUGUUCCGUAAGUUUAGAUUUCGACAGCACCAUAUUCUCGACCUCACACAGGAGAUUUCCACUGAAAUUGAACUUUCGAACCGAGGAUUCACCCUCACUCCACUACAACAAGUCCUCGUACCCUUACGGUACUACGCCACUUCUUCUUUCCAAGACGUGUGUGGGGAGUUAGUAGGAGUGGAUCAGUCGACAGUCAGUCGAACCGUCACUCGAGCGUCACUCGACCCGUGUAAGACACAGUAAACGCGGUUAGCUAUACGGUUCCGUUUACAGCAUUGUGCAUACCAAAAUCGUAUAGGAACUAAACGCGUUUAAGCCCUAAUCGCGUUUACGCUAAACGCUUUCAACGUGCAUACGGGCCCAGGAGCUGAACUGUUACUGUUUUAAUCUGCAGGUAUGUAGAGAAGGUGGCGAGCCGCGCCGUGUUCACUACAGGUCAGGGAGCGUCUGCUGUUGGUCUGACCGCCUACGUUCAGAGACACCCGGUCAGCAGAGAGUGGACGCUGGAGGCCGGAGCGCUCGUGUUAGCUGACCGUGGAGUGUGUCUGAUUGACGAGUUCGACAAGGUGAGUCCAGAGGAGCGGCUUUAGUUUCAUACGAAGAUUAUUCGUAUGUGGGAAAAUGAGCAAACCUGUGAGCACCGUGUUUCUGCAGAUGAACGACGCAGACCGGACCAGUAUCCAUGAGGCGAUGGAGCAGCAGAGCAUCUCCAUCUCUAAAGCCGGCAUCGUCACCUCACUGCAGGCCAGGUGCACCGUCAUCGCCGCUUCUAACCCCAUCGGUAAGAUACACAGCGAGGAAUCAAAGGUGAUGAUUCCCACACCCCUGAAAUGCCUCCUUAGUCUCUGAAAAUGAGGCUGAAAAGUAAAAUUCACAAAUAUCAAAUGUUCCCCUGCCGGUGUUAAAAAAAAACAAAAAAACACGUUUGACAAUAAAAAAUCAAAAUCUAUGAGGGACAUAAAAGACAUCUCUCUGUCUCUCUCUUAGGCUGUAUUGGGACAAAGGAAAAAGUGCAGAGAAAGUGAAUUUCGUUUCACUACGCUGGUGCUACGUGUUCAAUGCAUUUUUGUAUAGACAAUACCCUUCUGGACUUUGGGUUAAAAUAUCUACUCAGACUAUCUGUCCGACUUUUGUCACCAACCAGAAAUGUACAUAUGUGAGUAACACAAAAAAACGAUUAUAUGGUGCUGCUGUUUUUUCUUAUAGAAACUGCUAUGUUGAUUCUGGCAAGACAAAAUCUUUCUCAAAUGUCAUGAAUACAUCGACCUAAAAUCUGAAACAGUUAUUGGUGCCUUAGUAUACGCAUAAGUGAAUUCAGAUUAUGAAAUGUAGGAAAUUUCUUGAAGAAAACGUCUCAACUCAAGUGAUUUGCACCCAGCACAAUGAAAUAUAUACAGUAAAUUUAGCUAAAAGCUUAUGUUUCAUACAUAAAAAUGACACAACCUACUGUGUAAUAAAAGCAAUGAAAUAUAAACAGCACAUCGUGGCCAUAAAUGGCUGAUAAUCAGUCAAAUUGCUACCAGGCCAAAAUUGGAAUAAUGGAAAAAAUGUAACAAGACAAAAAUAAAUGCACAAAAGAUCUGAAUUAAUUCAAAAAAUUGUAUAAAACAUUUAUUCAAGUAUCACAGUGUCAAAACAUCUGACAUUUAUCAAUCCUUCCAGAAUAUGAAAAUAAAGAUCAAAACACAAACAAGGACAAAUGUAGAACAAAUAUCAAAAUAUAAAAACAAAACAAAUUGUACAUGGCGUAUAUUACGCAUCACUAUCACUUUAAUCAGUCAUCAUCCCAUACAGCUCUUUCUUCUGUUUCCUUUGAAGCAUUCUCACAUACUUGGCACCGACAUGAAUCUGUACAAGAUAGUCUUGCAGACAUACAAGAACAUCGUUGAGUCUCACAUUUGGUUGUUUGGCUUCGUCAGAUUUGCCAGAACUGUCCAUUUCCCCAACAAGUGACGCCCUGUACCAACACUGCAUGACAGUUAACUACCGAGCAGCGGUGAUGAAACAUUCUCUGACUGGUAAAAUGUGUGCCCCUUCACCCAUUAGCAAUGGGUGGCACAUUGAGGAUGGGGAGUUGGCAGUGACAUGGAUGACUACAAAUCCUGCCCCUGAUAGUGUUUUGCAGAUAGUUCACUGUAGUUGCAAGACAACCAAAUCGGCGCAUCGGCAAUGCUGGCUGAAGGGGUUGACUGACCCGCGGCUGCAUCAUGUUCUUGUUUCUCAAACGCCUUUUGCAAAUAAAUCGCUGGUAGUAUGUCAUGUGAAAUCCAGCAUCAUCAGGAACAUUGUCAAAGUCGAUAUCAACGCAAUGUUUAUAAGUUUUUGCAAGGUCCUUUUUCUCACCCCGUUGAGAGGGCCACUUUCUAAUACUAGUUCUGUAAGUUUCCCAUCGUGUCCUUGUAAAGUCAAGAACGUCUUCAUCUGGACAGAUGAUAGAUGCAUAUAGCAUUGUUUCGUUCCUUUUCUAUGCACUUUUGAAGGCUGUUUUCUUUAUUUCCUUUUCUUUUCUUCCUUCUUCCUCCGCUUGUCUCAUUGCUAAAUGCGCUCUUCGCCAUGUUUGUGUAUUUCUGAUACUAUGGCAACGAGACUCGGCUCCUAUUGGUCCACAUGACAAAAAUCGCUUCACCCCUCUGCAUAUUCGAUUGUGCAUGUGCCAGUAUCACUACGCCGCAGAAAGGAAAUAGUUCGACACCGAAACACUGAUUACUAAAAAUCGACAGGAUGGCAUGAGUAGAUAUUUUUUUUAGUACUCACUAUCAAUAGAGCUAUUUUAUGAAUCACAGUUUAUGUUGCCCCACUAAAGUGGAACGAACCAACACGAUCUCACUCAGCCAAUACAGCCUAUCUCUUCUGCACUUCCUGUAGGCGGCAGGUACGACCCCUCCCUCACCUUUGCCGAGAACGUCGACUUGACGGAGCCAAUCGUGUCCCGUUUUGAUGUGCUGUGUGUAGUCAGAGACACUGUGGACCCUGUGCAGGUAAACACACACACACACACACACACACACACACACACACACAGAGGAGUCUAAUUCUGGUUAAACGUGAUUGGCUCUUUCUUUUCCUCCAGGAUGAGAUGCUGGCUCGCUUCGUGGUCGGCUCCCACAUUAAACAUCACCCUAGCAAUAAGGAAGGGGGCGUGGCCUUGGAGGAGAUGAUUCUGCCUAACUCGUCUGACGUACCGCUGAUUCCCCAGGAGCUCAUGAGGAAGUACAUCAUCUACGCCAAAGAGCGGGUAUGAAGACAUGAGGAGCAGCGGUCACUGUAUUUAAUAUUUUCAUGAAUUGAAGAAAAGAAAUUAGCUGAUUUAGAGGAGGACGCUUUCUGUCAUGGUUUUUGUGUCUUUCUUUAGAUAACUAAGUUAAACAGAUGUCUGCUGCUCAUUUUGGAUCUGUAGUCUUUGUUAUUUGACCAUGUGCUUCCUAAAGUGGUAACAUUUCCUGUAAUUUUGCAUGUUUGUUUCUCAUGUUCAAGGUUCAUCCCAAACUGAACCAGAUGGAUCAGGACAAAGUGGCUCGGAUCUACAGCGACCUGCGCAAAGAGUCCAUGGUGAGGACUUGGUCUUUCUGUGACAGAUCUCCGAGGAGGUUUCUGAGGAGUAUUUCUAUGGAAAGUUUUAAAUGUCUGUUUGGACCUUGUGUAGGCGACCGGCAGCAUCCCCAUCACGGUGCGUCACAUCGAGUCGAUGAUCCGGAUGGCAGAGGCUCAUGCUAAGAUGCACUUGAGGGAUUACGUUCUUGAAGAUGACGUGAACAUGGCGAUCAGAGUGAUGCUCGAGAGCUUCAUCGACACGCAGAAGUUCAGUGUGAUGAGGAGCAUGAGGAAGGUGAGACCCUGAGGGUGUUUUUAAAGGUCCAUCAACUUCUGAGGUUCUUCUGAUUCCUAAAGCUGAUGAUGGUUUUUGUGUCCAGACAUUUGCCCGGUACCUGGCCUUCCGCAGAGACAACAACGAGCUGCUGCUGUUCAUCCUGAAGCAGCUGGUGGCUGAGCAGGUCGCCUACCAGAGGAACAGAUACGGAGUCCAGAAUGACACAGUUGAGAUCCCUGAGAAAGACCUGCAUGAUAAGGUAACCUUGGAGUAAAGGAUCCUCUCCAGCAGACCAAACAGCUGCUGAAGGUGGGAUUGGGUUCAUGUCUGUUCCAGGUUUGAAUUGUUUUCGUUUUCCUCCUGCAGGCCAGACAGAUCAACAUCCAUAACCUGUCGGCGUUCUACGACAGCGACCUUUUCCGCUCCAACAGGUUCAGCCAUGACGGGAAGAAGAAGCUGAUCCUGCAGCAGUAUUAAGGUGCACAACGCCUUUUUCCUCCUCCUCCUCGGCUCGUAGUGCUUCAUGGACUCUUCUUUCAAGGACCAACUGGGUCUUUGGAAAGGUGUUGGACCUAAAGGAUUGGCAGGGCUGGCUUUCGCUUAAGACUAAGGAACUUUUUCCAAAACAUCAGAAUUCAUGGAAGUUCAUCGAACAGGGGUAAAACAUACUUUUCAGUAUUUAAGAGUCAGCUUUCAGCCUGUUUCAAGAAAUCAUUUCAGAUUUAGGCUUUGGUUUAAAAUACUUAAAUUCUCCCUUGAAUUAGCAGCGAGUCAGAGGUGGACGUGCCUUAAACAUCCUCACAGAACUUUGGAGUUGCAGGAUUAUUUUUUUUAUUCGUGCUCUUAAAUAGUAUCAGGUCGAUGAAACAUUUGAGAGCCUGCAAAAAUGACCCAGAUGAUCUCCUCCUUCCGGCCUCUGUCCUCAGUCCAGGCUGAUUGUAAAUAGAUGUAAAUGUUUCCGUCUCUGUUUAAAUAAAAGUUUUUUCUCUGUUAGCUGAAGUUAAAAUGAAAAACAUUUUACAGACCUGCUGUGUGUCCAGCUCUCUGUUUCUAGCUCCUGUAAAAAAAAAAAAAAAACUAAAACACAUCAAGUGCUUUGAAAGGUAAAAUAAAGUUUAAUGUUUGUACUGUUGGAUUCACUUGAUGUCAGGUUGUUGGUGUUAUUUGAUAAUAAAAACAAAAGUUAAAAUUGU